AUGGCCGGCGGCCAAGCGCAGGAGGGAGUUGGUCGUGCAUCAAAGGAGGGCCGGCGGGAUCGUGUGGAGGCGCUCGUCGGCGUGGAGGCGCGUGGAGGACGGAGGCCGGCGGCGGGAGAGUUGUUCGUCGUUUGCACUAGGUACUUCAAGCAUGUGCUUUUUGCUAUUGGGGAGCUUAGAGGAGAGAUGAUUAGGAGACCAUCUAGUCAGACUCCACCCAAGAUUCGCGGAAGCCCAAGAUGGUAUCCAUACUUCAAGGAUUGCAUUGGGGCAAUAGAUGGUACUCAUGUCACUGGCAGAGUUCCUAUGUCACAGUCUGCAGCAUACAGGGGGAAGAAGCACUACACAAGCCAGAAUGUGCUUGCUGCUUUUGACUUUGAUCUGAAGUUCAUAUAUGUGCUGGCUGGCUGGGAGGGGCACUCCAGCCUUAGAGUAGCUGUUGAGAGGGCAUUUGGAGCUCUGAAGAAUAGGUUUAAGAUCCUGGAUCAGAAGCCAUUCCGCCCAUACUCCACUCAGAUUAAGCUUGUUCUUGCUUGUUGCAUUCUGCAUAACUGGAUCCUCCAGUGGGGCUUUGAUGAACACGUGCCUGAGGAGGAAGAGGUCGAGCCUGAUAAUAUUGUUAGCUCCGGCCAUGGUGUGGAGGCAUUUGACAAUGACGCUUGGAAGAACAAAAGGUUGGAGUGGGCAGAGGCAAUGUGGCUUAACAGGGGUCAGUGCAUGAUUUGA